AUGAACAACGUACUCAUCCUAGGAGCCACUCGAGGCUUAGGAGCUUCACUGCGAUCGCUUUACUCCACUAAGCCCGACACUCAUGUCUUCGCAACGUCGCGAUCAUCGAAAGAUCCUAGCCCAGGAGUGACCUGGCUGAAUGGAAUCGAUAUCUCUCAACCAGACGUGGGUCAAAAGCUUGUCUCCAAGCUUCCCUCUGCCAAGAUUACAACCGCAAUCAUCAGUGCGGGCUACUUUGGCUUUGAAACAUUCGAUUCCCCCGACUGGGAGAAGCAGGUUCAAAUGUACACAACAUCCGCGAUUGGUCCCGUCUUUGUGGUACACAGUCUGGUCAAGGCAGGGCUGCUGGACCAAGGUAGCAAAGUUAUCCUGGUCAGCAGUGAAGGGGGCAGUAUUACCUUGCGCCACGAGAAGGAAGGCGGGGGUAACUUCGGUCACCAUGCGAGCAAGGCCGCUCUGAAUAUGGUCGGAAAGCUUCUGAGUCUGGACCUGAAGCCCAAGGGGAUUGCAGUUGGAUUGGUUCACCCAGGCUUCAUGCGGACUGAAAUGACGAAAAGUGUUGGCUUUGAUAAGUACUGGGAUGCGGGCGGAGCUGUGACGCCGGAUCAGGCUGCAGAAACGCUGGCUUCCUUCAUUGAUAAGUUUGAUAUUGAAAAGACCGGGGAAUUCUGGGCACCGGCAGGACCAGGAGAUAUCGGUACGGCGGAAGACGUACUGGGGAAGAACCUAUCCACUCCACUGCAGCUUCCAUGGUAG